AUGGGUUCUGCCAGUUUCUUCUUCGUCGUGCUCGCAGCUGCAGCAUCAUCUCUGGCCGUGCAGGGCCGCGACUAUGACUACAACCCGGAUGCAAGACUGGGGAUCAAUAACAACGCCUCCCUCGCAACACGGUGGAUCAACAACAACGUCUCCCUAUCAGACAACAAGUACGCCGACGGCACAACCGUGCGCCCCAUCGUCCUCCGUUCGACGAGGGUUGGCGGGCGCUUUCAGGGGUGGUCUUUUGGUGCAGGGUUCUUCUGCGCCUCCCCUUGCGACUUCUUCGUCUUCUCCGUCUUCAUUGCAACCAACGGCGGGGCCUAUGAGAAUGGAGAAUCACCACCACUUACCUCGUCGGGACCACAGGUUGUCUGGUCAGCCAGCAGGGCUAGCCCUGUCAGGGAGAACGCCACCAUUGAGCUUACUAGGCAUGGCGACCUGGUCCUCCGUGAUGCUGAUGGGAGGACGGUCUGGUCAAGUGGCACUUCAGGAAAAUCCGUGGCUGGCAUGGAGAUCACGAAGCACGGCAACCUGGUGAUGUUUGAUCAGAAGAAUGCCAUCGUGUGGCAGUCAUUUGACCAUCCGACUGAUUCAUUGGUACCCGGGCAAUCACUUACGGAAGGUAUGAGGCUCACAGCUAAUACAUCUGCAACAAAUUCGACUGAGAAUCAGUUUUAUGUGACUGUACUCCGAGAUGGAUUAUACGGUUAUGUCGAAUCCACACCACCACAACUCUACUUCUCAUAUCCACCGGUGAAAAGUAAUAAGACUGUAACUGAUCCAACAAAAGUUACAUUCCAGAAUGGCAACCUUAGUAUCAUUUUAGAAGCACCGAAAAAACCUUAUCAUGACUCACAGAUUACCGUUUUCUACUAUGGUAUUGUUGAUUAUCUCAUGCUGCCACUAUCCCAGUUCAGUCAGUAUAUGAGAUUAGAGUCUGAUGGGCACCUAAGGCUGUAUCAAUGGUCUGAUAAUGAAAAUAGGUGGACUACGUCUGAUGUAAUGGAGAUCUCUCGUAAUUGUGAUUUCCUAACACCGUGCGGGAGGGAGUACGAGAUCUCUGGUGAUUGUGCUUACCCAACAGUGUGCGGGGCGUACGGGAUAUGCACAAAUGCACAGUGCACAUGUCCUCCUGAGGGUACUACUAGUUCGAACUACUUCAAGCCAGUGGAUGACCGGAAAGCAAAUCUUGGUUGUACGCCACUGAGUCCGAUCUCUUGUCAGGACAUGCAACACCAUGAGCUCUUAAUGCUUACAGAUGUUUCCUAUUUUGAUCAGAGCCACGCCAUUGUGAAUUUAACAAACAGAAAUGAUUGUAAGCAAGCCUGUUUGAAGAACUGCUCCUGCAGGGCUGUUAUUUUCAGGUAUGGCCAGGAAGAUUCCAAUGAUGAAUGUUUCUGGGUAACAAAGGUUUUCUCAUUGCAAUCAAUAAAGCCUGAAGCUGCUCAUUACAACUCCACUGCUUAUCUCAAGGUGCAGCUUAGCCCUUCAAACUCCAGUUCUGCUCCUUCUCCAAACAAAAGGAAGGUCAUGUUAGCCAUUACACUUCCAACAACAAGUAUUCUUGUAUCACUUCUCAUUGUUGCCAUUCUUUAUCUGCAAAGGAAGAGGAAGUAUGAAGACAGCGAUGAAGACUCUGAAUUUGAUCAAUUAUCAUCAGGAAUGCCAACGAGGUUUUCUUUUGAGAAGUUGAGAGAAUGCACCGAAGGUUUCAGUAAAAUACUCGGGGGAGGUGGAUUUGGUUCUGUUUUUGAAGGGAAACUCGAUGAAGAGACAGUUGCAGUGAAACGUUUGGAAGGAGCUAGGCAAGGAAAGAAAGAAUUCUUGGCAGAGGUUGAAACUAUUGGCAGCAUUGAACACAUCAAUCUCAUAAAGUUUAUUGGUUUCUGUGCAGAGAAAUCUCAGAGGCUUCUGGUAUAUGAAUAUAUGUCAAGAGGGUCGCUUGAUAGGUGGAUCUAUAACCGCCGUAAUAAUGGCCGUCUAGACUGGUCCACCCAGUGCAAGAUUAUUCUAGAUAUUGCAAAGGGCCUAUGCUAUCUUCACGAAGGGUGCAGACGAAAAAUUGCUCAUUUGGACAUCAAACCAGAAAAUAUUCUCUUAGACGAGAACUUCAAUGCCAAAGUGGCUGAUUUUGGACUAUCCAAGUUAAUAGACAGGGACCAAAGCAAGGUAAUGACAAUGAUGAGAGGAACACCUGGGUAUCUGGCACCAGAAUGGUUAACAUCGCAUAUCACUGAAAAAGUCGAUGUGUACAGCUUUGGUGUUGUUAUCUUGGAAAUAAUAAGUGGAAGAAAAAGUAUUGACCGUUCUCGGCCUGAGGAGGAUGUUCAUAUUAUUUACUUAUUACGAGAAAAGGCUCAAAAUGAUCAGUGGAUUGAUCUGAUUGUCGAUAAUAAUAGUGAUGAUAUGGUCGCAGGCCAGGAGGAAGUGAUCCAAAUGAUGAAGCUUGCAAUGUGGUGCUUGCAGAAUGAUAGCAGCCAUAGGCCUUCCAUGUCAAUGGUGAUCAAGGUGUUGGAAGGUGCUAUAAGCGUUGAAAGUCACAUAAUUCAGAGCUUUCUCAAUGCAAACUCAGUCAUGUCUGUUCAAGAUAAUCAAUACCUAUACUCGGUUCGUGAAGCAUCUAUCUUAUCUGGCCCACGGUGAAAAAGGUGGUUAAUGCAGCCAAGAAAUUCCACAGUGCAGAGUUUGAUUUUUGCAACUAUUCUCUAUUGUAUCCUAUAAUAUUUGUGCAUUGGAAGCAUGUUUUAAAUGGCACCAAAUUAAUAAUUGUUGGCCAGUAUGUUAAGCGAAGUUGUAUCUCUCCUCAUAACGAGGCAGGUUUUCCAUGGAACCAUAGGUGAGUAGUAUAAGCAAAGUCUGUAUCUGCUCUGUUAGGUAAUUUUCCAGGGUAUUAUAAACAUGUUUAUUUGAAAA